UGGAUGCAUAUACUUAGACAUCCCAACAACCCCAAGAGAAAAGUGGGUUAAGUGUUGUCAAGGCAUGUUAUGCUUGAUUUCGACCACGAAUAAUAUUUAUAAACUUGGUAAAGGUGAUUACCUUAUUUAUGAUAUUUGGAUAUGUAACCCAUCCAUUAGGAAAGUUAAAGCCUUACCCUCUGUUACCGUCCCUUACCGACCAUCUUACGAUGCAUUUGUUUAUAAUAGAUUUGGGUUUGGGAUUUCUAAUGACAUGACUUGGAAGGUUGUCAUUCUAUUGUAUUUUUGUUCUGUUGAUGAUGGAACUACUCAACAAAUCACACUAGUUUAUAGUCAAGUUCGUGGUGAUUCUUGGAGUUUGAGACAGAUUGAUUCGGUUACACCUUGUUGCGAUUUUAUUGAGUUUGAGGAUGAGACCAAUGAUUUUUAUUUAAAAGGAAGGUACUAUUGGUCUGCUUCAAGGUUAUUUGAUGACCCUCUCAAUCUAUACAUGGUACCUCGUAAUCCAUACUUGUUUUGGUUUGACAUGAAUGAUGAGAUGUUUGGGACGAUUGAGUUGCCAUCUGAUAUUUCUAUCUCUUCCAUCUCAAUAAUGAAUGAGACAAUUGCUUUACUUCAAUAUUCAAGUAUGUGGGAUUCCAGUUGCAUCGAGAUUUGGUUAAUGAUUGAAAAUGACAACAAUACUUAUUGGCAUAAACAAGCAUGCAUUGUAAACACAGAUUAUCGUGGUCGUUGUAGAGCAAAAGGAAUUUGGAAUUUGGAUAGUCAAUUGCUUGUGUUUGCAGAUGGUAUACUUGCGUGGUAUCCGACUCUCCCUGAAAGAGAUAUACCCUACUUCAUGUCUAUUGAUUUGGUGACUCAGGCGAAGAAGAAGUUCUAUAUAAGUAAAAAAAGGAAAAGUAUUAAUAUUGAUUCAAAUCUAGCGGGCUAUCUUCAAGUUUACAACGAAAGAAAUAUUGAUAUCAAAGAAGAAUGGAAAUUUAGUAAGUUUAGACUUAAAGAAAUCUAUACUCGAGUGUUCAGCGAGAGUCUAUAUUUAGUAUAAGAAAUAAAAUAAUUACUCUUUAUUUAUGUGUACUUCUAUGCAAGGGGUUAUGUGUCAGUA